AUGGGAUUGCCAGGGACCCCUCCACCGACCAACACCCAUCUCACAUUGCACCCGACCCCUUUGGCCCCUCGCACAGCUCUGCCUCCUCCUGUAGUGAAAGCUACCAACAUCUCCUCUGACUCCAUGUCAUUCAGUCUCAGCUCCCAGACUGAAACCAAAUAUUACAUUGUAAUCGUGUACUGGCAGUUUGACUCUCAUGUGAAAGAGAGCCACACGUACAACAUCACCCAGGGAGAGUUUAAAGCCACAAACCUGACAGCGGGGACGGUGUAUGAGAUGGCUGUGUGGGCUCACACCAGUAUAGGAGACAGCCCAACCACAUUGUCACACUACCAGACCCGUGGCACCCAGCCAGAGCGUCCUCUUCUCAAAGUCAAGGCUCUUAACCAGACAGCGGUGGAGUGCAGCAUCAGCAUUGACUCCGCUCCACUGGUUUAUGGUGUGUUUUAUGCCACCUCUUUCCUGGACCUGUACCGCAGUCCUCAUCAGGUUCAAAGCACAUCCCUCAGCCUCUCAGUGACUGUUGACAGCGACGAGCAGUAUCUCUUCCUGGUGAGUCGGUCCUGGAAACUCUUUGUAAAAUUCCUCCUCUGAUAUUACUUGAUAAAA